AUGAAGUUUCGCAAGACAUCAACUGGGCUCUUCUCGUUGGCGCUCACGCUUGCACUGGUUACAAGCAUUGGCUCCUCGGCCAUUGUACCCUCGACACCCGCCGCCGACAGCAACAAUGAACCAGUCAUAGCUAAUGCCGAUACAACCAACAUAGCCUUGGAUAUCUCAGCACCAGGAAGCAUUAUACAAGUGAGCACCAACGUCCGCAUUGGCAGCGGCUACAGCGCAGACCCCGCCCUGUUCUCCAACGAAUUCGACUUCAACUUCAACGAGACCGAGACCAGUCCAAGCCCAAACUCCAAUUCCAUGGGCCACCUUUCAGUGUCAAGUCCUGUCAAACAUCCACUACCAGUCCGGCCAUUCGUCGACCCCCUCUCCUCCUAUCACGUCACAGUUCCUCCAAACUACGUUAUCCCAGACGGGACAGGACCUCUCCGGUGGAGUUGUGUCUACAACCGGCGCAACGUCGUGAUGACCCCUUGGGGCACCCAGAUCUUGAUCACCAAGAGCAACGGUCUGCCCAUACCCGCGCCUCCAGGAAGCAAACGACCUCCACAUCCGGGGCGACCUUACAAUUGCGGAGAGAUGAUCUCGAGAGAUAGGGGUAUUGGGUAUGGGAAGUAUUCGGUGGAUAUGGUGUCGACGGACCUGCGGGGUCAUGUCACGGCGAUGUUCUUGAUUGCUCAUAGUAGUGCCCCUGGAGGGGGUAGUGAGAUCGAUAUUGAGUUGACGGGUUUGGAUCCGACGGCUGCUUGGUUGACGGUUUGGAAGGGGUCUACUCAGCAAGCUGUCAAGGUUCCGCUUGGGUUUGAUGCGUCCAAGGGAUGGCAUACAUACUCUGUUGAAUGGCAGCCAGAGUUCAUUGCUUGGUCGGUGGAUGGAAAGGAGGUCUUGAGGAGGACGGAUCUUUGGACUGCUGACCCGCGAACGCCUGGAGUCGAGUAUAAGCUCGCGAUGAACUCUUGGACGCAUGACGAGGAGGAGGAUCUUUGGGCGGGCAAGUUUUACUGGCCUGCGAACCGACGGCAGCCGGUGAUGGGUCAGUUCCGGAAUGUGAGGUUUAUACCCGCAGCGAAGCUAAGAUAA